AUGGCUGAACCCGUCCAAAAGGAAAAGCUCGAAGACCUGCGAGCGGUCGAAUCCAACCCCCAGGAAGGAGAGACACUGCAGCAGCCAGAGCUGCGGCGAGAGUUCAAGCCGCGACAGGUCUUCAUGUUCUCUAUUGCUUGCGCAAUCGGGACUGGUCUCGUCAUUGGCUCUGGAAGUGGUCUUUCCAGGGGAGGCCCGGGUAGUCAGCUCAUUGCCUACUGUACCAUUGGAGCGACGGUUUUCUUUGUCAUGACAGCCUUGGGCGAGAUGGCGGCCUUUCUACCUAUGGAUAAGGGGUUUGGAGGAUAUGCCACGCGUAUGGUCGACCCGGCCUUUGGCUUCGCUACCGGCUGGAAUUACUUUUUCAAGUACAUCAUGGUCACCCCUACGAACCUUACGGCCGCUGGAUUGGUCAUUCAGUAUUGGCGACCGGAUCUCAACGUUGCAAUUUGGAUCACCGUCUUUGGUGCUGUUAUCAUCACCAUCAACGUGAUGCACGUUAGCAGCUUUGGCGAAACCGAAUUUUGGCUUGGAACGCUUAAGCUCUUAAUCAUGACGACCCUCAUCUUAUCCACAUUCAUCCGCGCCAUGGGUGGCGGACCCAACAAUUACCGAUCGGGCUUCAAAUAUUGGCAAGAGCCGGGAGCGUUUGCUGAAUAUCUCCUCGAGGGCAAUAAGGGCAGAUUCUUGGGAUGGUGGGCGUGCAUGGUGCAGGCCUGCUUUGCAUUCACUGGCAUCGAAGUCGUGGGCAUGACCUUUGGAGAGACCCCUAACCCGAGGAAGAAUGUGCCCAUCGCCGUUCGACAGACCUUUUGGCGCAUCGCUUGCUUCUAUAUCCUCGGCGUCUUGGUCCUUGGCAUGGCCAUUCCCUACGAUAACGACAUGUUGAUUGGAGCCACCAAGCAAGCAACCAGCGGUGCUGCCUCCCCUUUUGUCGUAUCCGUCAGCAUUGCUGGUAUCGGCGAACCGCCCGCAGAUAUUUAUUGCUCUUCCCGAACGCUCUAUGGCCUUGCCAAAGAUGGACAAGCCCCUCAAAUCUUUACCAAGACCCGUGAGAAUGGAAACCCCAUCUGGGCUGUCUCCAUCCCAUCUAUUUGCAUUGCCCUUGGCUAUAUGAAUGCAAGCAAAUCGUCCUCCCAAGUCUUUGGCUAUCUAGUCAGCUUGGUCACUGUUUUCGCUGCCUUGAAUUGGGUCGCCAUCUUGGUCUCUCAUAUUCGUUUCCGCCGUGCUUUGAAGGCUCAAGGAAUCGCCCUAUCUGAGCUUCCUUAUGUCGGGUCUUUCCAACCCUACGGCUCAUACUUUGCGCUGUUCACGUCAAGUCUUGUCAUCAUCUUCAAUGGCUACGACGCAUUCAUCCCACAUUUUAAAGCUGAUAUUUUCAUCCUCAAGUACAUCGGCCUCGUCGUGUUUGUUGGAAACAUUGCAUGGUGGAAGAUAGCAAAGAAGACCACCUUUUGGAGGGCCUCGGCGAUCGAUCUCACUACGGGUAGGCGUGAGUUUGAGGAGCUUGAGAGCGCUGAGGAUUCCAGCUGGAAGAAUGGGUUCUUCAAGCGGGCAUUUGCAAAGCUUCAAAGGCGGUCGUGA